AUGGGGUGGUCGUGUACAAAAAAGCCAAAUUGGCUUGAACUUCCAACAGAUUUGAUGAAGAACAUACUCCAAAGACUCGAUACCCUUGAUAUUGUGAUGAGUGUGCGUUAUGUUUGUGCGCUAUGGUGGAACAUUUACAAAGAUCCUCUAAUGUGGUCUACCAUUCGCAUGUGUGAUAUUGAUCUUGAACAUAUUGGGAUGGAUUCUUUGGAGAAGAUUGCUCGUCGUGCCAUUGAUCUAAGUUGUGGUCAUAUGAAAGAAGUUUAUAUCGAUUACUUUGCGACCGAUGACCUCCUCAAAUAUUUGUCUGAAAGGGCAACUCACUUGCGGCGGUUACGACUUUCUCAUUGCUAUGGUGGUAUUUCAAAUAAAGGACUGUCUGAAUUUGUGAAAAAGUUUUCAUUAUUAGAGGAGCUUGACAUUUCAUUUGACGAAGAUGCUUAUGACGGUUCUCUUGAAGAAAUUGGUCUAUGUUGUCCUCUUUUGAAGUCACUAAAGUUGAGGAGGAUGAUAAGUUCCUACUACUUUAAUGAUGCAUUUACUAUUGCAAAAACAAUGUCCGGGCUACGCCAUCUUACACUUUCUAGAAUUUGGCUUUCCGAUGAUCGGUUGCUCGCCAUUCUUGAUGGUUGUCCACUUCUUGAAUCUCUUGAUAUGCAAAACUGCCUUUUAUUUAAAUUUAGUGAAAGUUUAGAAAAAAGGUGUCUUGAGCAAAUCAGAGAUUUACAACUUCCAAAAAUAUGUUGUCAGCCAUACAAGACAGUUAUGGUGUUGCCGAGACGAUACUGA